AUGGGCUCGAAUAUUCCCGGUGUCUAUUCGUCUCGCGAAUUGAAUGCUAAUGCUAAUGGUUCCGUUGCCGCAGAUACACAUCCUGCCCAACGAAGUUCUAGGCAAUGGCCUAGCCAAAAGAAUAUGGCAAAAGAGAAAAAUACUGGAGCAGGUGUGCAAAAGCCCCGGAGCAAGACUCGAUGGAAAGGCCGCAGGGGUCAAAAUGGCAAGAAGAGAAAUGCUUAG